UACAAUAUGGAUGCGCCCAUGAAAUGUUGAAGUUUAUUUUGCGGCCGAGUGACACUUAAACAUUUUAGCGGUUAUAUAGGCUUGUAGGCACAGACAAACUGUUUCUGAAGUAUAAAAGAUGUUAAAAUUACGGAGCCUCAGUGAAUUGACCUCCAUGAUCGGUGGUAGUGGCACACGAUCUAAAACGGUGUCUUCAAUCUCCAAAAUGGCAAGAUUGGAUAAGAUGAUGAAGAAGAUGGCGAGAAAAGAUGAUAGGAACGACAAAUGGUUCCUGGCUCCUCUUUGCUCACAAAAAGCUAUCGGUAGUCAUAAGGGGAAGCCGAGGUAUAGCACACUCGGAACCAAGAGGAAAGCUGAGUACAUCAGUGAUUUGCUGUUUGAUCCAAUCUGUCAAAUUAUGUGUCGAGGGGUGCUUGAGCCCAGGGUAAAAGUGGAAUUAUCAAAGAUCAGUAUCCUGGCAGAUUUUAGCUGUAUCAAAGUGCACUGGUUAGCCUCUGACAAAGAUGAUCAUGUGAUGACGGAGAAAAUUCUCCAGAAUAAGACUGUUGCUAUGCAAGACCUGGUGAAAGAGCUACAGAUCAUGGCAAAUGUGCCACCAGUCAGGUUUGUGAAGGACAUGUCGUUAGCAAGCGUCGAGCAGGUGGAACGGCUUCUACAGCAGGCUGACCUCGGUCCUCCCGACGAGGAGGAGGAGGACAGUUGUGAUGACGAGGAGGACAAGGAUGAGACAACAGAAACCAGGCUUGAGGCCCCUGUAGACAUUCCUGUAACUACCUCACUGAAAGAUAUUGCAAAAAGGUUCAGGUCAGAGGAUACUAAAAACCUUCAACUAAAUGAGGGACUUGAUGAAAAUGUAAACACCCAGGUAAACUCUGACCCUACAACACAAGUCACAGACAUUACACAAAGAUUUAGACAAGACAUGUAUGGGCUAAACCAUGAAAGUAUGACUCAAAAACUAAGUGUGUUAAGGUCAGGUUUACGAAAAACAGCAUAUUCUUUGGAGAUUGACCCAGAGCCUGAGGAAAUCCAAUCAAAGGUGGACAGGAAACAAGCCCGAGAACAGUAUGCUAAGGUGUUACAAAUCCAGAGGAAUCAGAGGUACAGUCUGAGGAAGGAGAGAAAAAAGAAACACAUUUUAAUGGACUAUAGAGAUGAAAAUGAGUAUAUGGAAAAUAUCAGUCAAAAGAACUCCGAGACUCUCGGAGAGGAAUGGAAAGAUGAUAUAGACUAAAUACUACUGAGACACGACACAUAUUGUACUAGUAUUAUCUAUAUAAAAAUUCUUCAAAUAAAUUUGACUUUGUGUUUUCAAAA